AUGGGGAGCCAAAUAAGGAGUCAAAACAUGCAGCCGACAGGAGUCAAAGAAGGAAAACCUCCGAUUCAAAAGCCGCUGUGCAGACUGUGCGAGUGUCCGACGUCGGACGGCCACGUCCUCGCGUCGCAGGUGGACAGGUUCAAGCUGAGGAAAUGGGCCAUGAAGGUCUUGGAGCUGACAGCAACAGAUGAAAAUUUGCCGAUGUUGAUCGGAGAGGACCAUUUGAUCUGCUAUUUUUGCAUCUGGAAGGCAGAGUUUGAUGAUGAGGGUGGAGAUGAUUCUGUUGCUUGGUGGCCGAAAAACCUUGAUUUGGAAGAAAACGCAAAGGUGCUUCGGGAUAAUUUUUCAGCUGGAGAAGUGGUACAGUGUUGGGUGCAGUUGGAAGAAAUUGAACUGCCCGAAUAUGAAAAGGAAAUCCCUAAAAAGAGGAAGCCCGGCAAUAAACAUUGUAUAUACUGCGGCAUCGAUUACAAGAACCUGAUGGAUCACGUCAAACUGAGGCACAGCGAAGCCAUCAAAUGCGGAUUUUUUGGCUGCACCACAUAUUUUCACACCGAGGAGGAAAAAGAGCAGCACAUGCAGCAGGAUAUCUACGCGAAACACUUCACACGAAGGGAAAGCAGGAAAAUUCUUUGCAAAUUUUGUACGGAAAUCACAUUUUUAUCCACAUUGGAUAUUUGGAGGACGCACAUGACUCGCUUCCAUCCGGAAUUCUCAGUGCGGUGCUUGCACUUCGGCUGCGAAGAGUACUUCAAAUCCAAGUCCGAAUUGAUCGUCCAUAUCAACUCGUGGCACAAACGAGGCUUAAAUCAAGAUCAUUUGCAGUGCAAGCAUUGCGAGUACUACACAACAAAUCAUAAAAAUUUGAGACGGCACGAACAGUUGAUGCACAAGCCAAAGAUCUUCAAAUGCGACACUUGCGACGCCAAAUUCGGCUCGAAAUGGAUAUUGAAUACGCACUGCAAGCUUCGUCACACGUUUGAAAAGUGCGAAUCGUGUGGCCAGGACGUGACUCUCGGGGCUAUAGCAGUCCACAGAAAGCCAUCGGUUUGCUCCAAAUGCAAACUGAGUUUCGAGUGCUCGGGUUUAUAUAAAUUACACAAGAAAACGAGGUGCCUAGAAACGAUCCAUAGAUGCGCAGUGUGUACACAAGUAUACGCGACGGCUUGGAGAUUGAAAUUCCACGCGAGUAGAGUUCACGUCACAAAAGCCACCAAGGCUAUCAGAAUCGAGAUUUUUCGCUGCCACCAUUGCGACUAUUCUACCUCUACUAAAAAAAACUUGCAGUUGCACAUCCAACUGACACAUUUUCCCCAGAGGCUGAAGUGUGAAAUAUGCAACACAUCGUUUGCCUCGGAAUAUUUUCUCGAGCUUCACGAGCAGAAUUUGCACGAAUACGUUCAUUGCUCCGAGUGCAGGCAGGAGAUGCUGCGUCAUGACGUGAUUAAUCACCAGAAGAUCAAGUCUUGCCGCCGCUGCAAGUGCAAGUUCAGGUGUUCACGUUCGUAUCAGUUGCAUUGGGAGAGCUGCAAACAAACGCCAUUUACUUGCAAAGAGUGUGCAGAAUCGUUCCCCUCGAAUUGGAAGUUGAAUCGCCACGUGAAAAAGGUUCACACCAAAACCGAGGUUUUCGUCUUCUGCGCCCAUUGCGACUAUUCAACAUUACGCAAGAGUCGCUUUUUGGAACACUUGAAACGCAGACAUUUUCCGAAGACCAUCAAGUGCAGAAAGUGCAACACAUAUUAUGCUUCUAAACAUUUUCUCAAGCGUCACAAUAACAGCUUCCAUGAAUUUGUGCAUUGCGCAGAAUGUGCGCAGGAGGUAGGCCGUCACGCCAUGUAUGGACAUCGGACCGUCAAGACUUGCCGCCGCUGCAAGUGCAAGUUCAAGUGCUCAGGACUUCUUGAAGAGCAUAAGAAGAGCUGCCAGAAAAAAUGAACAUGUGUUUUGUCUAGAUAUUUUGUGUAAAAUUAUACAAAUUGAAAUUUAAAAAAAAGGAGUGCGCACAUCAUUUCUCAGUUUUCAAAGAUUUUUAUUCUUUAUUGUGACGGAUGUCAGUAAAUUAACGGUUGAAUUAAAUGUCUGUGUUCUUAUAUAAUUCAAGAAUUACAUUGAUGUAUAAAUUCGUAUUGGUUGCCGUGAAAUAAAAUAAGUUAUAUAAUUAAAUGUUCAGCUGCAUGUAUUCCGAAAAAUUCUUGUGUG